AUGUCCAACUUGCAGUACUUUGUCGAUCCAGCAGGCGAACAAAAGCGCCGAGACUUCCACUACUCACAGGCCGUCAUCCUCGGCGAUAUCGUAAAAUGCUCAGGCCAAGGUGCUUGGGGCGCAGACAACAUCAUUCCCACCACCGACGAUAAACGCCAAAUCGACCUCGCUUUCGAGAGCGUGGAUCGAGUCUUGCGGGCUGUCGGACUACGUGGAUGGGAGGAUGUUUAUAUGGUACGGUCGUAUCAUCUCGAUUUACCGGGAACAGUCGAGUACUUUGCGGAGAAGAUGAAGCAGAGGAUACCCGGACACUGUCCACUCUGGACGUGUGUCGGAGUUACGGUGCUUGGUGAUCCUGCAAUGAGAGUGGAGAUCGAAGUAGAGGCGUACAAGGGAAAGAAUUGA